AUGAGGACGGUGGCGAGAACGAGGAGCGAGGGCGAGGGCAAGAACGAGGAACUAGGGCGAGAACGAGAUCAAGAACAAGGAACGAGGGCGAGAACGAGGAACGAGGGCGAGAACGAGGAUCAGGAACCAGGGCGAGAACCAGGAACAAGGACGAAAGCGAGACGAGGAACGAGGACGAGGGCGAGAACGAGGACUGAGAACGAGAACGAGGGUGAGGGCGAAAACAAGGACGUGGACGAGGGAGAGAACGAGGAACUAGGAACGAGGGCGAGGACGGGGAUGAGGGGACGUAAGUUGUUUACACUGCUGGAAAACCAGGUAAUGAGCGGUACAAUUUGUCAGGUGACAGUUGAACCGCAAAAUAUGAAGCAGCCAGCAGGAAACAAAGUGACCCCCACCCAGGUUUCCCCGACCAUGCCAGCCUCUCUGAUGACCUCUGAGAUCAGUCUUUCCCCUUCCCAGCUCGACACAACCAUCAUGGAAAUGUUAAACAUCCGAGCGGGCGGAGAAAGCGGACUAGCUGCCGUCUGGAACCCCAUCACAGCCGCCGGCAAAAGGAAACAGAUAUUCCGUAUCUUUUCUGUAGUGUGCGUUCCGCUUUUGAUCCUAAUCGGCAUGACGGCGAACACUUUCGUUGUUACAAUGCAGAGCUACGUGGACGCCACAUCUAUACGCGAAGUCCUCAGAUUCAGUACCCAGCUCGGAACGCUCAUUCAUCAGUUACAGAGAGAGCGCGACCAGAGCGCCCUCUAUCUGAGCGCAAUCGGACCGGAAACGAAGCGCAAGCUGCUUAAAGCAUACACUGCCACUGACCUGAUCCUGGAGGAACUCGACCAAUGGCCCAGAGCUGAUAAUAACAACAUUUUACAUUUUCAGAACAAGGAAAAGUUUCAGUUGUAUUUGAACCAGCACCGCUAUAGACUGGACACUAUCAACCAGUCAGUUACAAACGAGCUUCAGCACUACACCAGCGACAUCUUGGUAUUCGUGAAAUGGCUGUACGACUCGAUCUCCGAGGCGCGCUCCGGUACUGUGUGGAGAAAUCUGGUGGCUUUCCUGGAAAUCACAGACGCCAAGGAAUCAUUGGGACUUGAACGCGCUCUUGGUGCCGUCUGUUUGGCUCGUGGUGGCUUCCCCACGUUUGAAGACUACUUAUGGUUCUCUGAGAGUCAAGACGUCGCAAACGCCUCCUUCCUUUCCGCUAGACUUUUCUCCGAUAUCGCGGCAAAUAUAUUUGACUCUCUGGUGGAAAAUAACAAGUCCUUCCUCACAGACCUAAAUGAUCUUAGACUGAACCUUCGCAGGAAUGUCUCCUUUGUCCGGAACGCGUCUACAGAAGAGGCUGAGAACUGGUUCGACAAGAUGUCAGUCUACCAGGAUGUCUUACUGGAGACACAGAAGACUCUAAUGGACCAGAUCAACCUGAAGCUAGAUGAGCGCGAUGAGGAAGACAUGACAAAGAUGAUCGUCAUCGCUAUAGUGUUUGGAUUAGUUCUAAUGAUGUGUCCACUCAUCAUGCAGGGAGUCUACUCUUUGACCACCGAGAUGCAGAAAUACUCCAUCUCCCUAGCCGACAGACUGAUAGAAGACAGAACAAAGGCUCUGAAGAAAGAGCAGAAGCGGACAAAUUCUCUCUUGUACCAGAUGCUUCCGAAAACUGUGGCUGAACAACUAAAGAAGAACGAGGAAGUGGGCGCCGAGACGUUCAACGAGGUCACCAUUUUCUUCUCGGACAUCGUUGGCUUCACGUCUCUCUCAGCUCAGUGCUCUCCCGUACAAGUGGUUAACAUGCUGAACAGCCUGUACACGCUGUUUGACGACAGGAUCGAACAGUACGACGUGUACAAAGUGGAGACCAUUGGUGACGCCUACAUGGUGGCCUCUGGUCUGCCCCGGUCUAACGGCAAACGUCACGCGGCGGAAAUCGGUACUAUGGCUCUGGACCUCUUGGACAACAUCAUCAGUGUGGAGAUUCCCCACCUGCCGGGGACACACUUCAAGCUUCGCGUUGGGAUUCAUACAGGCCCAGUGGUUGCUGGCAUCGUUGGGUUUAAAAUGCCGCGGUAUUGCCUGUUUGGAGAAAGCGUCACUAUUGCCUCCCGCAUGGAAUCUCUUGGAGAAGCCAAGCGGAUUCACCUCAGCCAGCCUACCUAUGACACUCUCCAGGAACUGGGAGGAUUUGUAAUGGAACUCCGGAAGGAUGACGUCAUCAGCAAGGAUCGAGCCCUAAGCGCAUCUCUGAAAGGAAAUCUGCGCACUUAUUGGCUGAUGGGACGAGUGGGGAUGAAUCGCAAAACUGGAGCUACCACUUCAUCGACAUCGGAUUUUUCCGAGAUAGAGGACAACGAAAACGAAAAGAAAGUCAAACCUCUAGCAAUCAAGCCGGUCUCCAUAAUUACCAAGGUUACGACUCAUGGACAGAUCAGCGACAAGUGCGAUGCACACGAGCCUCUGUUUGAAUACGACCAGGGACCUGGCAAACGCUGGCAAGACAGAGCCUGA